AUGUCGAAUAAUCAUCACACGUUCCAGGGAAGAAGAAAUAAACUUUCAGUGUGGGUGAAAAAAAUCAUAAAUACCACUACAACUACCAAUGCAUCGGUCUCGAGCAGUAAACCAAGACAUGGCACUAGGGCUGGCCCCACAAGAGCUAAACGUACAGAGUUGGACUCGGAAGCCACCAUCAACUCGUCGCUGCGACCCAUGGUUGAUCGAAGCUCGUUGCAGUCGAGCGAAUCCGACGACGAAGGAGAUCAUAGGGUAGUAUGGGAUGAACCACCAGCAGAUAAAGUCAAGCAGCAGCAGCAGUGUGACAACGCAAGCGUCAUUCCUUUGGUUUCGUUUUGUUCCUCCUCGGUCAAGUCGUCUACUUUCUCAGACAUACAUUCAAUACAGUCUACCAGGCCCACUAUAUUCUCUAACAGGACGCUUGAGACGAACUCCAGCGUUUUGGCCAUUCCACCACAGAGUAUUGUAGAUCGGUCAAGAACUCUCCCGCCGUCGAAUGCAAGCAAUACUACGACAAGAAGACCAUGA